UCUUCUGGAGGACCUUCUUUCCUCAUCCUCUCCUCCGACCUGAAGAGCGUGAGGAUGGGAUGUCGGAAGCAGGACCUCCCCGACAACCCCAAGAGGUUCGACACCAACUCCAGGGUCUUGGCCACCACCGGGUUCCAAUCGGGACGUCACUACUGGGAGGUGGAGGUGGGACCAUCAGAUGGUUGGGCCUUCGGGGUGGCCAAGGAGUCGGUCAGAAGAAAAGGUCUCACCCAGUUCUCCCCAGAAGAAGGCAUCUGGGCCGUCCAACAAAACGGAGGACGUUAUUGGGCGGUCACCUCCCCCCAACGGACGCCGUUGUGUCUGGAGGAGAAGUUGAGGAAGGUGAGGGUCUACCUGGACUACGAAGGGGAGGAGGUCUCCUUCUACGACGCCGAGAGGAUGAAGCACAUCUUCACCUUCCACGUGGCCUUCCAGGAGAAGGUCUUCCCCCUCUUCUCCGUCUGCUCCACCGUCACCUACAUCAAGAUUUGCCCUUGAGGGCAUCUGGAGGACCUUCUGCUCCUCAGCUGAGGGCUUCUGGAGGACCUUCUUCCCCAUCUGAGAACAUCUGGAGGACCUUCUUCCCACCUUAGGACCUUCUUCCCCACCUGAGAGCUUCUGGAGAACCUUCUUCCCCACCUUAGGACCUUCUUCUCCUCACCUGAGGGCUUCUGGAGGACCUUCUUCCCCACCUUAGGACCUUCUCCCCACCUGAGACCUUCUGGAGAACCUUCUUCUCCUCACCUGAGAACUUGCUGGAGGACCUUCCACCCACGUGAGAACAUCUGGAGGACCUUCUUCCCCAUCUAAGAGCUUCUGGAGAGCCUUCUUCCCUCAACCUUAGGACCUUCUCCCGACCUGAGAGCUUCUGGAGGACCUUCUUCUUCCCCAUCUAAGAGCUUCUGGAGAAGCUUCUUCCCACCUUAGGACCUUCUUCCCCAUCUAAGAGCUUCUGGAGAACCUUCUUCUCCCCAUCUGAGGGCUUCUGGAGGACCUUCUUCCCCACCUUAGGACCUUCUUCCCUCCAUCUAAGAGCUUCUGGAGGACCUUCUUCCCAUCUAAGAGCUUCUGGAGGACCUUCUUUCCAUCUGAGAGCUUCUGGAGGGCCUUCUUCCCCAUCUAAGACCUUCUGGAGGACCUUCUUCCCCACCUUAGGACAUUUUUCCUCACCUGAGAACAUCUGGAGGACCUUCUUCCCCACCUUAGGAUCUUCUCCCCACCUGAGAGCUUCUGGAGGACCUUCUUCU